AUGCCCCCUUCCCCCACAGCUGCACUUCGGACUCUGUGGUUCGGUCCACACACGAUCCCGCUCUCGCAGACAUUCCUUCUCACGCCGCUGACCUACGGGCUCGUAAACCUCAAGCCCAUCCGCCCCGGCCACGUUCUUCUCGCCACCCGCCUCCCGCACCCGCGUUUCUCCGACCUCUCCCCCGAUGAAGUCGCCGAUCUGUUUCUCCAAGCCCAGCGCGUCUCCCGCGCAAUUACCCGCCAGUUCAACGCCCAGUCGCUCACCCUGUGCAUCCAGGACGGCAAGGAGGCAGGCCAGACUGUGCCGCAUGUGCAUUUGCACGUUAUCCCGAGAAACGAGGGCGAUUUUCCGGAUAACGACGACGUUUAUGAAAAGCUCGAGCACACGCAUAGGAUCGACAAUGAAGAGAGGACGCCGAGGAGCCAGCAGGAUAUGGCUGGAGAGGCCGAGAUGCUGCGCAAGGAGAUUGGUGAAUGGAACACCGACACUGAUUUUUGA